CUGGUCGACAUGCGGAGCCUGAAGCUAUGGCGCCCUAAAGCUGCGUCCCGCAGCUUCGCCGUCCUGUCCCAUUCGUGGACAGGCGGUCAGCGACCAACAGAGGCGAGCCAGAAAGUGUGUAAAGCUUUGGAGAAAGCUCUGGAGAAAGUGAUGAUGCAUGGAAUUCUUGGAUCAAAGUCGAAUUGGAACACCCCAUCACGCCAGCUGUUGAAAACAAUUGGCCCCCAGGGGUGGCGCAUCUUACAGCUGGACCAUCGUGCCCAUGGAAGAUCUCCCACAGGUUCUUCUCCACAUAAUUUGGAAUCCUGUGCAGAAGAUGUGUUGGAAACGCUCGUACAUGCUGGAGUGCCAGAUUCCGCAGAGCUUGUGGUUUGUGGCCAUUCCUUUGGCGGCAAAGUUGCAUUGGCAGUCUUGGAGACCUUGCGAAAACAAGGACGUCCACCCAGAAAGACUUGGACCUUUGACUCGGUUCCAGGUUGCCCUGCAGCAAUCCCAGCAGAGGAUGAACGGCGACAGCAGAGCGUAGGUUUCGUCUUGGAGGUGGUCAAAGCAAUUGCUGGCAAGAGAUUUGACGAGCGUUCAGAACUUGUAAGCAGUUUGCAAGACCACGGCUUGAGCCAGCCACUAGCAGAAUGGAUUGCACAAUCUGUCCGAUCCACUGCGGACGGAGUGGAGUUGAGCUACGAUAUCGAAAUUGUGGGUGAACUCUAUCAGGCUUACUUGGCCAAGGACAUGUGGCAUCUUUUCGACAGCUCCUCUGAAAUUGGGGUCAUAGUCGCUGGGAAGAACAGGCACGCCUGGGGCACUAAGAACCUGCAACAACUCCAGCGUCGCCACGAGGAGGGUCACGUGGAAAUGGUCACUCUGAAGUCUGCAGGGCACAAUGUCCAUGUGGAUGACCUUCCAGGCUUGUUGAAAGCGAUCCAGCCCAGCUUCAGCUGAGUGCGAAUCGAUUGCAAAAAAGGGAGCCGCCGCAUUGCGAUGGUGAGAAAUUUGAUGGACAUCCAUGAAAAUCAUUGGGUGCUCCAGCUUGAUUUAAAAUUUAGGUCUCACGCCCUUUUAGGCCGACCCUUGAAUCGACCUCAGCAACGCCCAAAUCAAUUCAGCAAUUCAAA